CCUCUUGCCCUGUUUUGGUUCUUUGCGGGACCCGUCAACUCCUCAUAUUCGGCAAGUGCGCAUGCUCAGUUAGCUGUUUGUAUUGUGCACUUGACAGAUUGCGCUAUAUUUAUAAUUUGUGUUAAGAAAAAUUUCUCUUCUUCCAGACGCUACUUUUUGCACAUGGCUUUCCGAGUAUGUUUAAAAAGUUCUAUAGUCGCCCGCCGAUUAUUGGGGGACAGUAACUUUCUUCAUAGUGCCUUUGUUUCGAGCAGCCGAAUCCUCCUACCAGAACCAGUCAACACACGUCUUUACACAACUUCAGCGUUGUGGCUCGGUUGCCGAAGAUUCGGUUCGGUGCCACAGAUCACGGAUGUGACCUACGAGCAGUUGAAGAAGAUCUUGGUCGGCGGCAAGGCUGUUGUUAUCGAUGUCAGAGAGCCAUGGGAGCUUCGAGAAUACGGCUCCAUCCCUGGCUCUUUAAACGUUCCCUUGGGCCAGGUGAACACGGCUCUACAGCUCGAUCCAGAGGAGUUCAAUGAGAAGUACGGCGGUGAGAUGCCCCAGAAGGUGGACAACAUUGUGUUCACCUGCCUGGCAGGCAUCAGGAGCAAGAAUGCAUUAGAAAUGGCCUCUGAACUCGGAUACAAAGAAGUUCAGCAUUACCCGGGUGGAUGGCAAGACUGGGCAAAAAAUGAACAUCUAAACUGAAGGAUUUGCACAGACUCAAGCUUUUUUUGUUGUUGUUGUCUUAAUGCUGCAAUUUAUCUGUAAUUUACAUACUGUAGGGAAUAAGAGUGUAAAAAGAUUUUACACUCUUAUUACCUACAGUAUAGAAAUUAUUGACUCUUUUCAGAUUUUGAUUUAUUGUCUAAACACAUAAUACUUGAAAUAUAUAUGGAUUUUGUUUGAUCUAUCAUUAUUGACUAACCAUACACUUACCGGUAAUAUUUACUACUGUUAAUUAUUAAGUACUGAUAGAUGACAUGCAAACAAUGCCAAUAUCAUUACCCUUGACUUGAAAAAAUGCAAGCUAUUUCCCAAUGAUGUACUAUGCAAUGUUGAAAAAAAAGUGUUAAAUUAAAUACUGUGAACAAUUCUACGUUCAAGUUUAUCUUCAAGAUUUUGUAAACAGAUGCUGUAGAACUCAUAAUUAUUAAAGUUUUGAUUUACCAGGGA